ACCAGCUGCUGUUACACCUGCAAGCGGCUUUGUAAAUAAAGUUAAAAUUAAUUAAAAAUAACUCUUUAAAUAUUUGUUUUAAGCAAGCAAGGCUCGUAAGUUAAUUAACACCAUGCUGCGAAUGAUCCAGAAAAGAACUAGUCUCAUAAAGUUGCUGGUGCCCGGUCCCCGGUUUCAUCAAACUAUUGCGCAAACAGCGAUAAAGGAAAUACCAGCAAUAAAACCCAUAAGUAUUCCGAAGAACGACAAAAUCGUGGGAAGAUGGUUUCUGGGAGUCAGCGGCAUGGUUUUUGUGGCAGUUGGCUUAGGCGGCGUAACCAGACUAACAGAGUCCGGACUCUCCAUGGUAACCUGGAAGCUGACGGGUGAACGGAUGCCCAGAACCCAGGAGGAGUGGGAGCAGGAGUUCGCUCUGUAUCAGCAAUAUCCGGAGUACAAGCUGAAAAAUGUGAACAUGACAGUCGAUGAAUUCAAGUUCAUAUUCAUGAUGGAGUACAUGCACAGGAUGUGGGGUCGUGCCAUUGGCGGAUUCUUCCUUCUGCCGGCCAUUUACUUCUGGAGGAAGGGAUACUUCUGUGCCAAGACCAAGAAGAGCGUCUUGCUGCUGGGCACGCUGAUUGGUCUGCAGGGUCUGAUGGGCUGGUACAUGGUUAAGUCCGGCCUGGAGGACCGCUUCCAGGAUCCGAACGAUGUGCCUCGGGUCUCCCAAUACAGACUGGCCUCCCAUCUGGCAGCCGCCUUCGUCCUGUACUCACUCUCCCUGUCGAGGGCCUUGGCCAUGCUGGUCCCCACCAACACAUUCGUGAUUCAGGCCAGGAAUGCAUUUAAUAUCAAAGGCCUGUCGCAUCUCACAAAGGCCAUGGUUCUGUUGACAGCCAUUUCCGGGGCUUUUGUGGCCGGACUGGACGCCGGAUUGGUGUACAACUCGUUCCCAAAGAUGGGAGACAGUUGGAUACCCGACGACAUGUGGCAGUUUGAGCCGAUACAGAGGAACAUAACCGAGAAUCCGACGACGGUGCAGUUCAACCACCGCAUUCUGGGCAUCAGCACGGUGACCCUGACCACAGCCCUGUGGCUGGUGACCAGGCGGAUGCAGCUGCCCAAGCGGGCGAACUGGGCCAUCAAUGCCGUGGUGGCCAUGGCCUGGACGCAGGCCACCCUUGGGGUAACCACCCUGCUGAACUACGUGCCCGUACCUCUGGCGACAGCCCAUCAAUCCGGAUCGCUGAUUCUCCUGAGUUUCGCCUUGUGGUUAUCGCACGAAGUUCGACUGCUGAAGUAUCUGCCGAAGUGAGGGGCACAAUAAAUACUCGUUUGUGGAAACUAAA